GCUCGUUCUGUUCCACGUGGUGUCCGAGCGCAGCUCAAAAGAGGAGCGAAGAGGGCAGAACGUCCUGAUGCUUCCAGACCCAGAACACCACCAUGUCUCUGUACCGCAACUUGGCCUGGUUCCUCAAGGGCAUGACAGAGUUCACCAGAAAUGCCUUCGAGUCAGCUUCCAAGCGUUUUGUGGAGAAGGACCUGGAGGUUUCUUUGGCAGGACGCUCCUUCAUGAUAACUGGAGCCAACAGUGGCAUCGGGAAAGCCACGGCUAUGGCUAUUGCUAAGAGAGGUGGAACCAUCCACAUGGUGUGCAGGAACAAGGACAAAGCUGAAGAGGCGAGGGCUGAACUUGUCAAGGAGACAGGAAAUAAAGAGAUCUAUGUGCACAUUCUGGAUCUAUCUGAGACCAAGAAGGUCUGGGACUUUGCUGAGGCCUUCAAGAGAAAGUACAAAGCUCUCAAUGUUCUGAUUAAUAAUGCAGGCUGCAUCAUGAGUCAGCGGGAAGUGAACACGGAAGGACUCGAGAAGGCCUUUGCCACCAAUGUCCUCGGGAUUUACAUUCUCAUCAAGAGUCUCAUUCCUUUGCUGGAGAAGAGUGCGGAUCCCAAAGUGAUUACUGUGUCAUCAGGUGGGAUGUUGGUACAGAAACUCAGAAUAGGAAACCUGCAGUCCGAGAGAGGCCGCUAUGAUGGCGCCAUGGUCUACGCCCAACACAAGAGGCAGCAAGUGGUGAUGACGGAACAGCUUGCAAAAAUCCAUCCAAGCAUCCACUUCUCUGUCAUGCAUCCCGGCUGGGUCGACACUCCUGCGGUGGCAAACGCCAUGCCUGACUUCCAUCGCUCCAUGAAGGACAGCCUGCGGACCCCGGAGCAGGGUGCGGACACUGUGGUGUGGCUGGCUGUGUCUGAGGCUGCCGCUGGCAAACCCAGCGGUCGCUUCUAUCAGGACCGUAGGAUGGUGGCCACCCACCUGCCACUGGCUUGGACCCACAGUUCCCCACUGGAGGAGCAGAAACUCAUAUCUGCACUGGAUGACUUGGCCAAGAUGUUCCAACCACAUUAAGGUUGAAGGAGACCACCAGAUCACACGCACUAAUAACACUAGUAAUACUCAUCAAGUCGCCAACCUGUGGCCCAUCUUUCCCAUACCUGCAUAAUAUAAUUUUAAGAUGUCUUUUAAGACAGCCUUAAGAAAACACAAUUAAGCAUGGAUUGUAUUUGGAUGAUUAAAGAACUUUGGUUUUACUUUUGUGUCAUAGACUCUAACUAAAGAUUGUUUUAUGAUGUCUUCUGUGACAUUUCACCAAGUCUCCCAAACCCACUGUGACUUUUGAAAGUUGUCAAUCAGAUGGGAAUCUGAUGAGACCAAAGUCUCAGCCACUAUUUAUUGACACAGACCCAGCUAUGUGUUCAACCUCAUUCUUGUGUCUAGUUUAUAUGUGUAACUAACAGACAUGUUUCUUUUUGUUUGUCGUCUUGCUGUGUGUCAGGUUGAAUUCAAACUGGAGUCAAGUGAUAUCUCUGGCCAUUAAAUGCAGCACAGAUGCAUUUUGUAAUUGUGGCCAAUAUUCGUAUUCAUGAUUAUUAUCUAGCCAGCACCCUGGACAACGAGCUUCUUAACUAACAUAACUUAAAUUUGGAAAUGUAUUCUCAAAUAAAAUGACAAAAAUGGAA